ACAUAAUACUGUUGAUCAAUUUAUUUAGUUUGCAAAUAUUAUCUACAAAAAAAAAAGUUACCCUCAAUAAUCACACAGUUAGCUGAAUGGAGCAGACGUGUGUGUAAUUGAAGUGUCACGUGAUCUCAGAAUAAAUACACCUGUUCCUGGAAGGCCACAGAGUUUGUUAAAGAGGUGGAUCUCAACCUUGUUGGCCUCUCAGUAGAAUAAAUUGCAUGGAGGCCCUCAGUACAGAAUUAUUUUACAGACAUAAUCCUACUAUUCAAAUAUUAGUCUCAUUGUUUAUAUGUGUACAGUAAUAUUCUGCCUAGUUAUUGGAGCCAUAGACCUAUUUGUUUCUGAACCUUCCACUAUCAGAACAUGUUGUUUUUUAAUUACAGAGGUUUGGAUUAGACCCAUUCAAGUCAAGCGACCAUCUAAUAACCAUCUAAUAACCAUCUAAUAACUAUCAGCAAUAUGGUGGCUGUAUUGGAUGUGAUAUCCAUCCUAGAGAAGUACCCCAUCACAAAGGAAGCGCUUGAGGAAACCCGGCUUGGGAAGUUGAUAAAUGACUUGAGGAAGAAGACCAGAGAUGAGGAUCUGGCAAAGCGUGCAAAGAAGCUCCUGCGCAACUGGCAGAGGCUGAUUGACCCACAACAACCUGAAGUACUGCCAAAGGAACUUUCAAGCACUUUAAGCUCUGUUGUUGGACCCAAUCGGUCUCAGUCAUUGCCUGUUUCUAGAUCUCCUCAGACUGCAACAGAUAAUGACAAGAAGCCUGUUUUACACAGUGUUCACUCUUCAAGCACUGAAAAGUUCUACCCUAUAAAACACACAGGUAAGCAAAAAGUGGAAAAGAACUUACCAACGUUAAAGGGCACAAAAAGAUCUGCACUGUCAACAGCCAGUGGAAGUACUGGUGGUCCAGAGGAUCUUCAAAUACACACCAACGCCAUCAAACCUCACUUUAGUUCUCCUGAACUCAACAAAGAACCCACUGCUUCUACAAUCUUCAGAAAAUCAGUAUUACAACAGCAGGGACAAAGGGACAUAACUGCUGUUGAGAAAGUGAAGCACAAAUCUCAGAGUCACUACACCAACCCGAGUCCUAGAUCAGUAAAGCAGUUAGUACCAAGCAAGCAGCCAACAUCAUUUUCUGCAGCUGACUCUGAACCUCUUUCUGCACUGCCAUUACACUCUUCCAUCCAAGGUAUGCACACUGAGAGUCACCAGUCAAAAGACCUGCCACACACGGAGAACGAAUCACUCCUAAACAGCGAGAGGAUGCUUGAACAAAUGAAUAACCUGCAAAACAAGUCUAAAGGCUUAGCACGGCUUCAGCCAGGUUUACUCAGCGAGGUUACCAAUAUGGAAACAGAAAAAGACAUCAAACCCUCAGAUGGCAAGAGGCGGAAGCCUCAGUCAAGAGACUAUACCAUCAACCUGGAAGGACGGUCAUCUGAUGACACGUGUAAACCUGCUCGAGUAAAAAAUCGUAAAUUAACCUUUGAUCCCCUCACACAACAAAUUAGACCUUCAGCAGUGAAUCAGAGUGAGGAGCAACACACUCCAGUGGUGGAUGUUAAUGAGCCAGCGAACCAGAAGCAAAGCCCUUCUGCAUCUUCACCCAGCGCUUUGCACAAGAUGAACUGGAAAGAUAUGUCGCAAAAUGAAAUUGUCAAAUAUUACCUGAACCUCCAAAACAAUUUGUUAAAAACAACCGGAAGUCAAGUCCCAGGGGCGCACUUUUUUAUGACUGAGUACUUGAAAUGUGAGGAAGACAGUAUGAGGGAGGCCAGCAAAACCUAUGUCCAGGUGCCCAAUGUUUCGGAGACUAAUUUGCCAGGGAUAGACCGAGACAUCACAACAGAGGACGUCCACAAAAUAAAUAAUAAGCACUGGCCUGGGGUUAACGGCUGUUACGACAGCGAAGGCCAAUGGUACGGCUGGACCGAAUGCAUAUCUUUAGACACAUACGGCGACGGAAGUAAACUGAAUAUUCUGCCAUAUGUUUGCAUUGACUAAAAACAGUUGUAUAAAUAAAAUUGUGUCUCUGGAUUCCGCAUGGUAUUUAUGCGUGUUCCAGAUAUGUGUUUGUGUAAUAACUGCUUUAUAAUAUUUUGUAUCUAUUUAUAACUUUUUGUUCUGUUUGUUUUGGAUGAUGAAGAAAUUAAAAAAAAGAAGUAUAGCAAGAAA